UAACAUUUUUAUCCCCAUCAGAAAAUUAUCAACGAAAAUCAUUUUUCAUCUCUAUGCCUUUCCUCUUAUUUUCAGUUUAGCCUGCCAUAAAAUAUUCUCACACGCUUCCGAAACUACUCCCAAAUGGCUGGAAAAGUGGGUCCGCGGGUGGAAAUCAGCUCGGUGAUGCCGUGCCUUGUCAACUGGUUUGAAAAAUAGAUUUUUACGGGCUUAGUUGCGCAUCGUCAGCCACGCUCUGACUACGGAGGCGGCGAGGCAAGGAACGACAAGGAACGGCAUGGGCCACUACAGGAUCUAUGGCAUCUAUAGGAACAACAGCACCAGCACGAGCCACCAGCAGCAUAUUCUUCAUGGCAUCCCAUGGCCACCGGCAUCCGCAAUUUCCCCGCACUCCGCAUGCCAAAUCCCGCGGGGCGUUCGCUUUUGUGUCUCACUCGCGUCAUUUAAAAGACAUUUGCCUGUCAUUUUAUGCCGUGUUUGGCACAGUUUUCGCCCCCACCUCUUACAAUGCACUGCGGGAUAAUGUUAUUCACAUAAACAGAUUGGGCUUGAAGAAAUUAAUUGUCAACAUGUUUAGUAAGUGCAGAGCCAUUGUUGUGGAAUGUGCAGUUCUUAUUGAAAUGUAAAUCAACCAGCAGCGUUGUUAAUUUUAAAAGCGUUA